AUGCAGCCCACAAGUGUCGGCUACGGCGCCUUCGACUCCCUUGCCCAGCUGCGUGAUGACUUGCGCAAGUCCUACGAUGCAGCAAAGGAAAUAGAGGAGAGGGACACCACCCUCACCAAGAGCGAAACCGCCAACGCUCUCAAAGAGACGAGUGACUUGUUUGCGCUCGGCAUGGAGAAGCUGUUCUCGCCUGAAGGCAGCAUAGUCGAAGUGAAAAGCGCUAUCGCCCGCGCAGAAGAUGCGGAGAGAGAGGUGGCCGCUUUGCGGGCAGAGAAGGCGCGUCUGCAGUCGACAGAGGACGGCCACCGCAGCAAACUCAGCGCUACCAGCAGUGAUGCUGAGGUUGAAGCAUUUGUUGCCUACGCCAAGGAGCUGUCAGAGCUGCACGACCACCUCUCUCUCGCGCGCACCGUAUUCAAGGCGGUGCUGACGAAGAAACUCGAGGACAUCCGCGACGAUCGGCUAAGUCGGCAGGACAAGCGGUUCACCGAUCCCAAGUCAUGGGAUGUGAAGAAGGGCGUGCUGGAGCGCAUGCUGCAGUCACUUCGCACCAAGACGACUCAGUUGCAGCUCUCGGCGAAGACGUACCUGGAUGAGGACGAGGCGCUGUUUCUGGAGGUCAUGAAUCUGGCGACCGAGGCCGGCGAUCACAUUCGCCGCGGCGAUGCCAUGCGCGAGGCGCGGGACGAAAAGCUGAAGGUGUUCUACGCCGAGUGCGCCAAGCUAACGGUGUGGUGCCGACAGCAGCUGACGAACCUGGAGGCGAUGCAGGCGCCCGACCACGUACAAGAGUACUGCGCCACACUGGCCGACAACUACCCCACCAUGUCGAACAACUUUGCCGUGUUGUUCAAUAGCGUGCAAGAGUACGUGCAGGCAAACUUGAUUCCCGUGCAGAAGGCACUGUUAGAGGCGGAGGAGGUGUGGCUCUACCUGCAGGUGUCGACCCUGGAGCGGCUGUCGAAGACGCUAUUCGAGAUCCACCCCAAGUCACCUCUCGAUGUGGAGGUGGAGAAGUACUCGAGCUACCCGGAACAUGCCGCGAAGUUCCUGCAGGACCUCGAGCGCUACCUAGCGGCGCAGCGCAGCCAGCAGGACGAGGUCGUCGAGCUCGACUCGGCUCAUAAAGAAUGCCAGGCGGUGCUUCACACGCUCUCAGGUGAGUUUGCCGAGUUGCCCAGCGAGGUGCACGCCUUUGCGCAGCGGGCCAAGUCGCUUCGACUGGGCUAUCAGUGCUUUCGCGAAGCAUUACUGCAGCGUCUGACCUACGUUAGCCCGGCUGCGAGCACCGUGGUAGAGUCGAAGCGGCGCCAGGAAGAGUUUGAGGACUGCGUGCGCGAGCUCAAGUCGUGGGCGACUGAGGCCUCUCAUGGUGAGUCAUGGCGGGACAUCUAUAGCAAGAUUGUAGAGAUCAAGCAAAUGAUCAAGAGCGAACAGGCUUCACUGGAGGGGAAGAGGGAGCGCGCGAUGGUGUCGGGCCAAAGCCGCUAG